AUGGCGACCGCCACCGUCGAUUCGGAGCUCAUGUACCACCAAGUAGCGGCGCAGCCGUUCCAAGUCCUCAGUGGGGCGCCCUUUUCUUGUAUCAGGGAUGCUCAGGACCGACCCCUCACGUUGUCAGUGGGUACGGACAGCUGCUUGUACGCGCUCAAGGCCGAUCCCACCUCCGAGAACGAGCACAUCAACAUCAACGUCUCCUCUCUCAUUGGUGCCACGAAUGCAGUAGCCCACUUUGGGGUUUCUCAGGAUGUCAAAACCAAGGCGGUGUACUUAGUCGUGGCUACCGCAGCGCUCGUAUACGUGCUACCGCCCUUCAAGCCGGACGACUUGGUGGCAGCAAAUGCAUCCACCCUGUUGAAGCCGCUCCCCUGCACCCAGGCACAGUCUAGUACUGAGAAAGUGACUCGGAUCCUGCUGGGCGACGUGAUCACCAGUGGCACGUACCCGCUCGCGAUCGCCGCCUUUACAGACGCGGCGGGCAAUGCGGAUAUUGCACGUGUGCUAGUCUCCGGCAGCACGUCUUGGGCAUGGGACGGGCAGCUUGGCAUGCCCGAGGAAGCCACGGGCGGAAUGCUCGAUUUGUGCCCCGGUAACUGUGCCCUUGGCGUUGGGAUUUACUGCCUGUACGUCAACGCAGGCGUCACCAAUCUCAUGUUCCAGACAACUGAGGCCGGCGCACGCCAUUACAAGUUCGACCUCCAGGUACCACAAGCCGCACAACGCAUUAUCACCUACAAAGAGUCGAACAACCUCACGCACUUACUUGUUCUCGGUGGAGGGCUGUGGCACAUUCCGCCCGACCAGACCAUUCAUUCCGGGAGUCAAGCGACUCAGUUGUCAUCUGAUCCUCUCUACGCGACAUGCGCCAAGCUUUAUCUCUCGCAGUACGGCACCGACUUCAGCGCGUGGUUCUUGUCCGGCACCACCUUGGCGUACCAACAGGGUAUUGCGGGCAGCGCAGGCAUACUGGAUGGCACCCCCGUCCCUCUCCUGAACAAGUUCUCAGGUCCGACCGCUAAUUUUGCAGCGAUCAUCGACCCAACUACUGCCUCCCAGAGCCUGGUUGUCAUGGACACCACGUCAAUGCUGACAAUAAUGGAACAGCCUUCAGACACGUACGUGUGGAAGACCACACCUUUCCUCGUGAAGCAGCUUGACAAGGUCAUCGACUUCAGCGCCUACACGAGCAGGGUGCUCAUCGUCGACUCCCAGGGUUGGCCCCAAGGGAACAAGCCAUUUAAUAUCAGCACCACAGCCGGUUGGUUAACAGUCAUCAUCAAUGGCGGAUCAUCGCUGCUUGGAACGGACGCGAUUCAGGUGACGACCGAUAGCAAUGGUGCUAUCACUAUCAUCUUUCCCACCAGCGAUCUCGAUGCCUACGAGCUCCGUGUCCAGGAUGCGUCUGGCUCUUCCAUCCUUGGUGGUCAGACCUUCAUAUUUGAUCCCAGCGACAAGGUCCAGACUAAGCUCAAAGCGAUCACCACUGGAGAUGAUCUGCGUAACGCCAAGACUGCAGAUGGGACGCCCAUCCUGCAAGGCUCCACCGCCAGCCCGGAUGAUAUCGACAAUGCCGGCAAGUGGAUCGGAGAGAUGUCGAACCAGGCGAUCGAGGCCAUCCAGCUUGCACGCGCCCAAGGUACCAUGCUGGCUGCUGACAUCGAUAUCUCGGCCUCAGAUAUCUUUUGGGAAGGAUGGAACUGGGUGUGCGAGACGGCAGACUCGAUCAAGGACUUCGUCGUUGAGACAUCCGGCGCGGCCUGGCACUUCGUCGUCACGAUUGCUGGCAAGGUCUGGGACUUCAUUCUUGAUACCGCCGCAAAGGUUGCCAAGGCUUGCUCGCUCCUCCUGCAGAAGAUCGGUGCGGCUUGGGACACCCUCGUUCAGUGGCUCGGAUAUAUCUUUGACUGGCAAGACAUUCUACAAACGAAAGAUGCCAUCAAGUCGAUGGUGAAUGGCCUCCUCACCUUUGGCGAGAACUACCUCAACAAGGAAGCCCAGCAGUUGGGGACGUACUUUGAGAAUAUACAGACUCAGAUUAGCCAGUCGUUCACGAUCGCUCCAACUGCGUCGGCUACACCAUCCAGCCAAAACUUAGGAGGGGAUCCGUCUGCGACGACGGCAAACAAGAGUGCUCAGACCUCGGCACCUGCAAACUACGGCAACUACCAGCUGGACCAUGGUGGUGCAUCCGACGCAUCCAUCCUCACCCCCAUGGCCACCGAUGCCUCACUCAGCAACUUGUAUACUCAGAAAAUCGCACCUCUCCUGAACCAGUUACUCACUGAUGCGGAGAACAUUGGCAGCCAGAUCGUCAAUUUGUUCAACAAUGCGCUGGACAUAACUGUUGCCGAUAUACAAGCUUUUGCACAGCAAUUCGCGAUCUCGUUCUUGCAGCUCAUCAAGGACCUGGUGACCAACGUCAUAGCGCUUGCUGCGGAUAUUGUCGGAGGUUUGCGAACCAUUCUCAAUGCCAAUUUUCAGAUUCCAGUCAUUGGAGGCAUUCUCGAGUCCUUCGGCGUCGGGCCUUAUUCUAUUUUGGACGUCGUUGCUCUUCUUUUGGCUAUUCCUACCACGGUCCUUGCGAAGAUCAUCACUGGCAGCUCCCCAACCCUGUCAUUCGCCUUCGACUACCAGAAGCUUGUGGAUGGGACGCUUGAUGGAACAACCACGAACUCUUUCCGUGAGCUGGCUGCAUACGUUGACAUCCCCGCCCAGUACAUCCAGGGAAUCUUGAAAGUGAAGGACAUCGCCACCUCGACGAUCCCGGCUGAAGGCGCUCCCCCGACUCCGCUGAGCUACUUCGGGCUAGUCAAAGACCUGGUCGUUAAAGGUAUUUCCUAUCCCUCUGACCGCGCCGUGCCGGGAUGGGAAUUCCGUAUCAGCGGGUGGAGCAUGCUCAUCUUCAACGUCGUCAUGAAGGGUAUAUGCAAGCGGGCUGGCGUAUCCGCAACCAAAGCGCUCGCUUGUUUCGACGCUUUCGUAGCACUUGUCAAUUUCAGUCUCUCGCAAGCCUCGUACGGCAUGCAACUCAAUACUUCUUACACUGGGAGGAACGACGUCAUCGCUGCGAUGGGCGUGGCAAACGCAACGUUCCUACUUCUUGCGGGUGUAGGCUCGCCGUACGGCAUCCUAGCACCUGACCCGAUCGACAAGGCCAUCGCGAGUGUCGUAGUCAUGGGUGCCGAGGGCAUCUCUUGCGUUCUGAAAGGCGUUAAGCAGGAGCUGUGCGUUGCGCAGACCGCUAUCAACGUGCUUGAUCAAAGCACGUGA